GUAGCUAUCUCACCUUUUUCAGGGUGUGUUUAGUUUUCAAAGAGUACCACACGUUUAUAACAAUGAGCGAAAUAAAGCCAAGCGAUACGACUGAUACCGUAGACAGCGGAGAAGAAAAAGACUGGGCCGCGGCCAAAGCUUUCUUUGACAACCUCAAAACAAACAAACCCAGACCUCCCAAACCCAGGAAUGCUGUUACCAUCGCAGUUUCCUCUCGCACCCUCUUCAACAUGGUGGUAGAGAGGAAGAUCUAUGAGGAGGAAGGAAUGGAGAAAUAUGUGGCUUAUCAGGUAGAACACGAGAACGAGCCCCUGAAGCCAGGAGUUGCUUUUCCCUUCGUCAAGGCGCUGAUGAAUGUCAACACUCGACUGAGGGAGCUCUACACAGAGAAUGAGGAGUUGUUUGACAUCGUCUUAAUGACUAACAACCAUGCCCAAGUUGGAGUGCGCCUCAUAAACAGCAUUAAUCACUACGAUUUGACCAUAGAGAGAUUCUGUAUGACGGGAGGAAAAAGUCCUACAGGCUACCUGAAGGCUUACAUGACAAAUCUUUACCUUUCUAAGGACUCAGACAAAGUCACCAAGGCUAUAGAAGAAGGCAUUGCAGCUGCCACAAUGUUUAUGCCCGAGAAGCAGAUUGAGCUGAGUGAAACUCAGCUGAGAGUGGCGUUCGAUGGCGAUGCCGUCCUCUUCUCAGAUGAGUCAGAGAUCAUUGUGAAGAAACACGGCCUGGACACUUUCUUUGAGCACGAGAAGGAGUUUGAGAACAAACCUCUUGCUCAGGGUCCCUUAAAGUGUUUCCUGGAGGCUUUGGGGAAGCUCCAGAGAAAAUUCUACGCUAAGAACCAGCGUUUGGAAUGUCCCAUCCGGACGUUCCUGGUCACAGCCCGCAGCGCUGCCAGCUCAGGAGCUCGUGUCCUGAAGACCCUCCGUAGCUGGGGCCUGGAAAUCGACGAGGCCCUCUUCCUGGCCGGAGCUCCUAAAGGGCCCCUCCUGGAGAAGAUAAAACCGCACAUCUUCUUCGACGACCAGAUGUUCCACAUUGAAGGGGCCAAGGAACUGGGAACCAUAGCUGCACACGUCCCCUACGGGAUCGGACAGAAGUACCACAAGGGGAAACUCAUUGAGCAGCCGGCAAAAAAAGAGUGAUCUUAUAACAGAAGGAGGGUAUAAUCUAAAAAUAGUUAAAAUAUUAAAUAUGCACUACGUUGUCACCUGCAAUGGAUAGAUUUUGUUCUAAAAUGGCUGCAUUCUGUCAAAUUGAAAACAGGAACUUUUUAGAGAGUCUUUAAUACAUUGGAGCUUUGUAAAGCUUUUUCUAGUAUUUUCUACUAUUUUCUUCAUGAUGUAGUAUAAUUGCUGAGUGAGAGAACAUCUUUUCAAAGUGAGGUUAACACUAGGUGCAUUAUUUAACUGAAAUACUGUUUUGAAGAAGUCUUUGCCUGUCUGUGCCUUUUAACCAUAUCUGUGUACAUGUUUACCUUUCAGAAAGGUUUACUCUCUUUUUCAUAGGAGUUCAUGUUAUUGUCUUUACAAUUUUAUACCAUAGACACGUAUCUUUUAUAUAUCAUGGUUUUUGGCUAAUGGUCAAUGACAUAUUAAGUAUCAUGAGGGCCAAGAAAUGUUUCUGCUGCUUUUUGACGCACAAGAUCAUCCAUAACCUUAAAAAAACUGCAACAAAAAUGUCCUACAUUUUUGGUCUGCAAUAAUCUGGCUUAAUAAUAGGGCCCAUAAAUAUUUGGGCUGUAAGUUUGAAAGGGAUAUCAGGGUACAGCCUCUAAAACUUUCAGAAAAAGCUUAUGCUGUCUUUCUUGGUUACUGUCUUUGCUGUUGCUGCACACAAACUACAUAAAAGUUACACUUUGUAUUUUUCCCCAGGCUUUCCCCCAGAACAGUCAUGUUCUGUGAAGUGUUUACGCUUUGACACUGUACCUGUACAUCAGGCAAUACUGUAAAAGAACUUUUCUGAACUUGUAUGUUAUGUAUGUUAUCCUGUUUGUAUACGACUAUAUAUGCAUGUAUGUUUUGUGAUUCCAUCUAUAUUUAUUUCAUAGUGCAAGAAUAUCAUAAAUAUGUAUGGAUAUCUAUAUUGUCUCUGUUGUUUGCAUUGAUUCUAUUCAUGUUUUAACAGUAACUUUAUAUUUCCACCACUUCAGUGCUCUUAUUUUUUUUACUUCUGUCUUGCCUUUCACAUAAUCUACCCCUAAUGCUGACUGUACUUAAUAAAGAGGAUGUGGUUUGAUGAAUAAAGGAAUGUGGAAGGGA